CUCCGCUGUCCUAAAACUGUUCGGCUCUGUCGAUGUGCUAUCAGCGCCACGAUGCGCCAGCUUCUAUGAGUCACUGAUAGCGAGAAAAACAUCCGCACCCUCACCUCUCCCUUGUUGCCAUGGAGUUCGAUACACCAGGCGCGUAUGUGCCUGCCACUGAAUUCCAAGACGGUCUGGACGAGUCGCUACCCAUCUUCAACGUUGAAAGGGUUCAGUUGCAGUUCGCACGACCAUCGGACUUCGUGGCAGCACAAGUGGCCAAUAAUGCAAUUGUACUAGCGUUUACAACCGGACGGAUUCUAAGGAUAGGUACAUGCAGAAGGCAAAUGGCGGAAGGAGUAGAGACUAAUGCAGCAUGACAGAUCUUGAUAAUGCAGGCGAAAUAGAAGACAUCGACCUCCCCAAGCGUCCCUCGGAAAUAGGCGUCAUUCGGCGCAUGUUCCUCGACCCUACAGCGUCGCAUCUCCUAAUCAACACCACCAUGGGCGAGAAUUACUAUCUACACUCACAGUCUAAACACCCAAAGAACUUGUCCCGUCUGAAAGGGGUUCCGAUCGAGUGCGUUGCCUGGAAUCCGUCGAAGCCGACGGCUUCAACACGCGAGAUUCUGCUCGGAACCACAGAUGGCAAUAUCUACGAGACAUAUAUCGAGCCGUCGCCUGAUUUGUUCAGAAGAGAGGAAAAGUAUGUGAAGAGCGUUUAUAAAAUCCCCAAAGGACCGAUCGUGGGCAUUUGGAGCGACGUUCUCUCCAGUCGGCCAGAUAUUCGACGCGUAUUGGUUGCCACACCCAAGCAGCUGCUGCACUUUGUUGGAGCCGCCCAACAGCAUUCGCAUGAAGGCAGCGGAGCGAUAUUUUCCCGCUUCUUCGAUACAGAGAAUUUAGUCGUGCAUGAAGAUGACUCCGCCGUGUCGGACGUGCCAUCCGCGUUGGCGAUAUCACCGGAGCCAGAAGACUCUACAUCGCCCGAAGAUUCAAGUUCUACUCGUAGCUUCGCAUGGCUGUCUGAGCAAGGCGUGUUCCAUGGAGAUUUGGCCACAUUCCCUCGAUUGCCUGAGUUAGGGCAUCGAAUCUUUGCAGACGGAAAGCUCUUUCCGCGAUCACAGAUUCCCCCGUCCAUGGGGCCGACCGGCCGGCCGAGGGCAGCGCAAGAACCCACAAGCUCGAUUAUCAUGUCGCAGUGGCAUAUCAUCCAGCUUGUCGAAGGUCGGAUCGUCAUCAGCAAUAAGCUCGACGACAGCAUCGUGCUUGACCAACUUGUUCUUGAAUCCGAUCAGUCCGCGCUCGGUAUGUUCGCAGACAUUACGAAGAGCACAUUCUGGCUCAUCACCACGGACGAGCUGUUCGAGAUUGCGGCCAACGACGAGAGCAGAGAUAUCUGGAAGGUCAUGCUGAAAUCACAGAAAUUCGACGCUGCGUCCCACUUCGCGAAGACGGCUGCUCAAAAGGAUGCUGUUGCCACGGCGUCCGGCGACUUCCUAAUCAACAAGAAACAAUACAUGGAGGCGGCCACGGUUUAUGGACGGAGCAGCAAGCCGUUUGAGCAAGUUGCAUUGACGUUCAUCGAAGCGAACGAGCAGGACGCGUUGCGGAAAUAUCUUGUCACCAAACUUAGCAGCCUCAAGAAACAGGCAGUCAUGCAGCGCAUGAUGAUUGCCGCUUGGCUCAUCGAGCUAUACAUGUCUAAGCUCAACAUCCUCGACGACACGAUCGGGACCAAGGCUGAGCUUGCAGAGGGCAUGAACGCGGCCCAGUCUGUGGACCAGCUAUCUACGAUACGGAAAGAGUUUCAAGAUUUUGUUGCAAAACACAAGGCCGAUCUCGAUGUGAAGACUACGUACGAAGUCAUCAGCAGUCACGGACGCGAGGAAGAGUUGCUCUACUUUGCAACGGUCGUCAACGACUACGAUUACGUGCUAUCAUACUGGAUCCAGCGUGAGCGCUGGGACGAAUCGCUGGCUGUGCUGAAGAAGCAGACCAAGCCGGAGAACUUUUACAAGUACAGCAGCGUGUUAAUGACCAACGUGCCGGUCGAGCUCGUUGACAUCCUUAUGCGGCAGUCAAAUCUGGACCCUCAACGGCUGAUCCCAGCUCUGCUCAACUACGACAAAAUCGCGAACGUGCCCCUAAACAAGAAUCAAGCGGUGCGAUACCUUAACUAUGUGAUCAACACCAUGCAAUCGACGGACCCGUCGGUGCAUAACACGCUGAUAUCGAUCUAUGCUGCGGCGCCGACGAAGGACGAAUCCGCCCUCUUGGCUUAUUUGAGGGCACAGUCGUACGCUCAAGAACAGCUGUACGACGCAGACUUUGCGUUGAGGCUAUGCAUCCAGCACUCGCGCGUGCAGUCAUGCGUGCACAUAUACACGUCAAUGGGACAGUACGCUCGCGCCGUCGACCUGGCCCUUAAGCAUGACGAAACUGAUCUCGCCGCCUCGGUCGCCGACCGGUGCGAGGGAAAUCCGGCGUUGCGAAAGAAGCUGUGGCUCAAGAUCGCAAAGGAGGUCAUUAAGAAGAGCGAGGGCAUCAAGGCUGCGAUCGACUUCCUCAAGCGCUGCGACCUCCUCCGGAUCGAGGACCUGAUCCCCUUCUUCCCGGACUUUGUCGUCAUAGACGACUUCAAGGAAGAGAUCUGCCUCGCCCUGGAGGAAUACUCGCGACACAUCGACUCGCUGAAGACGGAGAUGGACCUCAGCGCGCAGACGGCGGCGCACAUCCAGUCCUCGAUCCGCUCGCUGGACGCUCGGUACGCGAUCGUCGAGCCGGGCGAGAAGUGUUACCUCUGCCGCUUGCCCCUGCUCGUGCGGCAGUUCUUCGUGUUUCCCUGUCAACACGCCUUCCAUGCCGACUGUCUGGGAAAGAGAGUCAUAGAGAUGGCCGGCGUUGGGGAGGGAAUGCGGAUCCGGAAGCUGCAAGGGGAAGUUGGACGGGCGACUGGCAGACGGAGGGAGAAGGCUGUGAGAGAGCUGGAUGAGGCCGUGGCGGGCAUGUGUGUGCUGUGCAGCGAGCUGGCCGUGAAGGGCGUGGACGAGCCGUUUGUCAAGGCGGGCGAAGGACGCGACGAAUGGGCGUUGUAAUGAUACCCGUGGCAGGACGUAGUGUGUGCCUUGAUUUGCAUCGUACAGGCAUCCUUUUCAAUCGACUCUCAAGGAGAGCUUAGUAGUAGAUUGACGAAACCAUGCCAAUUCGCACCCGG